AAGGCCGUUAUUUCCGUCUUCUUCUUAUUCUUAUCAUGCCGUCCGCUUCAACAAUUUCUGUUAUUAGUGCUAUCAGUGGUGUUGCCGUUCUCGGUGCGCUUCUCACUGCCACUAUCAUCUUCAAUGAUAUCAAUAGAUUUUACUACGAGACUAUGGAAACUUUUGACGAGUUCAAGAUCAAUGAGAAGAAUGCCUGGGAUACCAUGGUGAUGUCUACCCGUUCACCAAAGGAAAUGCUUCUUGGUCGCGCCAGACGUCAAGCCGCUCUUCCAGACUGUCAAGCUCUUGCUAAAAACUGCCCACCAGGACCACCAGGACCACCAGGAGCUCCAGGAGCUGCUGGUGAGCCAGGAGUAGACGGAGACGCUGGAGCCGCUGGAAUCGACGGAGUUGCCAUUCAAUUCGCUUCGGCCGCCGGUGGAGCAUGCAUCCAAUGCCCAGCAGGAGAAGCCGGUCCAGCAGGAGCCCCAGGAGCACCUGGGCCAGCCGGACCAGACGGACAGCCAGGAGCUGAUGGACAAGGAGGAGCCCCAGGACCAGCAGGACCAGAAGGACCAGCUGGAGAUGCCGGAGCACCAGGAGCCCCCGGGGCACCAGGAAACGAUGGACAACCAGGACAAAACGGACAAAGAUCUACUGGAACACCAGGCGCCGCUGGAGCUCCAGGACCACAAGGACCAGUCGGAUCUGAUGGACAACCAGGAUCAGCUGGAGCACCAGGAGCACCAGGGCCAGCUGGAGCUCCAGGAGUCGAUGGACAGCCAGGAGCCAACGGACAACCAGGACCAGAUGGAGAACAAGGACAUGAUGGCCAACCAGGACCGGAUGCUGCUUAUUGCCCAUGCCCAGCUAGAUCUUCAGUUCGUCAGUAGUUUCGGAAAAAUUGUAUUUUCCCCUAAUCUGUACAUGCCCCAACUCUCUUUUCUUUACCUCAUAACUUAUCCCUUAUCAAAGUUAUCAGAAUGAACGCUAGUUGUCCUUGC